AUGAGUCGCACCUCGCACGCUCCCAAGACCCCUCAGCAGAUCAGACACGAGCUGGAAACCCAGUUUCUGUCACCGCCUUCUACCUUCGUCCCAGAAUGGCUAAACAAGCUGCAACAGCGCUGGGACUACCAGUCGUCCAAUUACGCCGAGAUUUGUCAGUUGGCCCCCACCCAGACUAGGACUGUCACUCGGUUCACCCGCAAAGGCCUGGAAGGGAAGGUUGCCGCCUACCAUCAAGUCACAGUGCCUGCGUCGGGCGCCACUGCAAAGAACUCUACGUCACUUCUCCGGAGACCAGCAACCAAAUCCGAAUUUGUGCGGGGGUCAGCCGGUUUUUUCCCUUUUGCGCCAGGUGGACUAGAUGGAGUUGACACUAUUCAAGCUUACGAGGAUCAGGUAAGGCUCGAGGAGGAAAACAGACACUCGACCAAGAAAACGAAUGGACUCACCCGAAUCAUCAAUUUUGGAGUCAACGAUGGCCUCUUGGAGGUGCCGCCAGGGUUCUCGAGGGGCAUGAAAUUUUCAGACAAGAAAUCUGUCGAGGCACAAGAAGAUGCAGAAGACGUCGAAAAGACAUUGGAUGCCGAUGGUGAAACUGGUGCAGAUCCUACAGGGGCUGCGAGCAAUGGAGAGAGUAGUGCCGCGGCAGAGAAUGGCGUUUCAAUGGUGGCAGGCGAAGGAAAAGAGGCUGACCAAGACGAGGAUGAGGACGAAUAUGCCGACCUCAAUGACCUCUUGCCAGUGGAGUUUCCAUCCCUAGAGCCUCGUGGGGAUCUCUUGCGAGCAACUGGUCAGGUGCCAGGUAAGAAAUGGGCUCACGUGGUAGACAUUAACAAAGCCAUCCCAAACUUUACAGAAUUGGUCCCUGACAUGGCACGCACGUGGCCUUUUGAACUCGACACUUUUCAGAAAGAGGCCAUCUAUCAUCUUGAGAGUGGCGACUCGGUGUUUGUCGCUGCCCACACCUCGGCAGGCAAGACUGUCGUUGCCGAAUAUGCCAUCGCCCUGGCUGCGAAGCAUAUGACCAAGGCCAUCUAUACCUCUCCCAUCAAAGCCUUGUCUAAUCAAAAGUUUCGUGAUUUCAAGAACGUCUUUGACGAUGUGGGCAUUUUGACCGGCGAUGUCCAAAUCAAUCCGGAAGCAAGCUGUCUCAUCAUGACGACUGAAAUCUUACGAAGCAUGCUCUAUCGUGGUGCCGACCUCAUUCGAGAUGUAGAGUUCGUCAUCUUUGAUGAAGUACACUAUGUCAAUGACCUCGAGCGAGGAGUUGUUUGGGAAGAAGUCAUUAUCAUGUUGCCUGAUCAUGUCACCCUGAUUCUCCUUUCAGCCACCGUCCCCAACACCUACGAAUUCGCGUCGUGGGUUGGACGUACCAAGAAAAAGGACAUCUAUGUCAUCUCCACACCCAAGAGACCAGUCCCCUUGGAGCAUUAUCUGUGGGCGGGCAAGGGGAUACACAAGAUCGUGGAUUCGGAGAAGCGCUUCAUCCAGAAGGGAUGGAAAGAUGCCAACGACAUCUUGUCGGGCCUGGAUAAAAUCAAAGAGCAGAAAGCGAUUGAAGCCCAAGCCCCUGGACAACGCGGAGGUGGGCGGGUUCAGCCUCAGCGCGGUGGCUCGAACCAAAGAGGUGGUGCACAGCAGCGAGGUCGCGGUGCUGUGCCGAUCAGAGGUCAAGGUAAUAUCGCGCGAACAGGACGUGGCGGUGGGAGAACGACGGCUGCUCAAGAUAGAAACAUCUGGGUGCAUCUCGUCCAGUUUCUGCGAAAAGAGAAUCUGCUGCCGGCCUGCAUCUUUGUGUUCUCGAAGAGAAGAUGCGAAGAGAACGCUGAUUCCCUCUCCAAUCAAGACUUUUGCACCGCGACAGAGAAGAGUGCCAUCCACAUGAUCAUCGAGAGGUCAAUUGCUAGACUCAGACCGGAGGAUCGGGUGUUGCCGCAAAUCAGACGCCUACGAGAAAUGCUGGGUCGCGGGAUCGCCGUCCAUCACGGAGGUCUGCUGCCGAUUGUGAAAGAAAUCGUUGAGAUUCUUUUCGCAAGAACUUUGGUGAAGGUGCUAUUCGCAACGGAAACCUUUGCAAUGGGCCUCAAUCUUCCUACCCGAACAGUCGUCUUCUCGGGGUACCGCAAGCAUGACGGCCGUGAAUUCCGAAAUCUGCUCCCAGGAGAGUACACUCAAAUGGCUGGUCGCGCUGGACGUCGAGGUCUUGACACGGUAGGGACAGUCAUUAUCGUGACGCCAGGUAAAACCGAGGCACCCUCAGCCUCCGAACUGACCCAGAUGAUCACGGGUCCUGCUACAAAGCUGCGCAGCCAGUUUAGACUGCAUUACAACAUGAUUCUGAACCUCAUGCGGGUCGAGGCAUUGAAAAUUGAGGAGAUGAUCAAGCGCAGCUUCUCUGAAAAUGCUACUCAGGCACUAUUGCCUCAACACGAGGAGCAAGUCGCGUUGUCCCAGGCGAAUCUGGACAAGAUCAAGAGAGAACCUUGCAAUGUAUGCGACAUCGACGCGGAUGCCUGCCAUGAAGCAGCCAUGCAAUUCGAACGGCUAACCAAAGAACUCCACGUCAGCUUGCUGUCGUCUCCGGUAGGACGGCGGCUUUGGACUGCGAGGAGACUGAUAGUGUUCAAACAAGAUGGCAUUCGCACAGUCGGAGUGCUUCUGGAAGACGGAGUGCGCGCCGGGCCGAAUCGAGGCAUCAAAGUUCUCGAAAUCUCCCACGUUGACGCAAAGCGGUCGACGCAAGAUCUGCUUCCGUACCUCCCGCGUGUACGCAUGAUGUUCUCUGCUCUACCCGCAAAUGCUUCCCAGGUCAAAUGGCGGAUUACCCAGGUUGGACUGGACGAUGUGGAAUGUGUAACCCAGACGGUUGUCAAGGUCAGAGGCCCCAGCAGGUUUAUCAGGAUAAAAAAAGGUAAUACUUACAUUUAUCGGACCCAACAGGUCGAUCUGCGGACGCUGCUACAGACCGAUGAGGCGCAACGGAAAUUUGUCGAAGAAGAAUUCGUCAACGUCUAUUCAUCCUGGAUCUCAACGGCGUGGGAUGAGCUGGAAUGGAGCAAGGCGCAUGAAUUGCAUAUCCGCGACAUUCUAAUCAAGAGGAACGAGGCUGCGCGAAUCUUUGAGAAUAGCCAAUGUCUGCAUUGCACCCAGUUCUUGAAGCACUACGGCAUGCAGCACGACGAAUGGCUGAUUCGAGAGAAUAUCCAAUCCCUGAAAAUGCUGAUGUCGGACCAGAAUUUGUCCUUGUUACCGGACUACCAGCAGAGAACUGCAGUGUUGAAGGACCUCGGCUUCAUCGACGAACAGUCUCGUGUCCAGCUGAAGGGCAAAGUGGCCUGCGAGAUCCACUCGGGAGACGAGCUUGUCAUCACUGAGUUGAUCCUGGAGAACGUGCUGGCAUCGUUCGAGCCCGAAGAAAUUGUAGCCCUCCUUUCGUCCUUUGUCUUUCAGGAGAAGACGGAAAGCGAACCACAGCUUAAUGGGAACCUCGAACGUGGCAAGGAAGCCAUCAUCGAGAUCUCCGAACGGGUCAACCACCACCAGAUCUUGCACCAAGUGAUUCUCUCAUCCGACGACGCCAACGAUUUCGUCUCGAGACAGCGGUUUGGGUUGGUCGAAGUCGUCUACGAAUGGGCCAGGGGGAUGUCGUUCAACCGCAUCACCGACUUGACGGACGUGAUGGAAGGCACCAUUGUCAGGGUCAUCACCAGGCUAGAUGAGACGUGUCGGGAAGUGAUGAGCGCGGCGAGGCUGAUUGGUGACCCCUCACUGUAUGCGAAGAUGGACAAGGCGCGGGAGUUGAUCAGACGAGACGUAGUGUUUACUGCGAGCCUGUACAUGUAG